AUGGGCAAGGGCCCUGACAGUCCACACUUGAUGGCCUCGACUGAACCCAUGGAUACCACCAAUGUGAGUCCUGUUCAGCAGGAACAGGAAGAAGCCACCGAAACUACUGGUACCUUGGAUUCGUCUGGUCAGGCCUUUGCUCAUUCCGAGGGCGAAAUGCCAGUUCAACCUCCGGCCAUGUCUGACCAGGCCGCGGUUCCCCGGGUAAUGGUCGAGCCCCCUUCGCUAUCCCCAGGUGAAGCAAAAGAUGAGGAUAGUAUUCCGGAUGCAGGGAAGGCGAAGAACACUCCGGAUAACCCCGAUCUGAAAGAUGGCGAAGCCCCGAAACCCGCCCCGAAAAUCGGUUUCAAGCAUGACCCGGACGAGGAAAGGAUGCUUGCCAACAUGGAGCUUGAUGACCCCAUGCCUGCUAAGAAAAAGCCCAAGAGACGCCCCAAGUCAAAGAGGGGAGUGAACGCGCCUACUGGCUUCGAACCCUUUUAUGCUGAUGCUCCAAUGACUCCCCAGCAGUACCAGGAGAACAAGAGGAUUUAUGAUCCUACUUUGCCGAUCCUAGAGCGUAUCGACGAAGGCAUCAAGCGCUAUUUGUUCAAUCGACGCCUUGAGCCUUUCAGGCGCAAGAUAUUUCUCAAAUUCUUGCAGUAUGGCGGCGUCAACGUUGGCCAAAGACAUAAUCAGGGAGUGACCCCGUCGGAGUUGAAGGAAAUGACCAAAGAAGAUGCUAUGGAAGCUCGGUCUACCACCGCCAUAUUUCCUAGCGAAGGAAAAGGUUGCAAAGUUGCCUUCAACGAGGUUGCCACUGGCUAUCUGACUGGAUACUUCAUGGGCCACUACAACCCGGAAACUGAGGCAGAGAUCAAAGAGUGUACUGAUACCAUGAAGAACUUCUUCACUUACCUCCUCUACCACGACGUUUGUCCCGAGCACAAAGAUGAUCUCGAAGAAGCCCGAAAGACCUGUGAUCGAUCUGCUAAGGAGUUGCGCUUGACUCAGCAACUCAUACAUCAUGAUGGUCCCGGAGACUUCAACCGGGGCUGCUCCAAGCUGUUUGGUGGUUAUUACUUCGACGAUGUCGACAAUGUGGACACAUGGAAAUUGGUUCGAUAUGCCGACGCAGAACUCUUCACAUCUGAAAAGUCCCGCAAGAUCGUCAAAUUUGGCAUUGCAUUUGCCACAGAUGAUCGAACCGCUAAGAAGUUCAAAGUCCUCGCCGACCGGGACUCAAUCAAAGCCAAAAAGAUUGAAUAUAUUGAUGGCUUUGAGAUUAUCUCCAUGGAGCAACCGUCUCCUGAGACCGUCGGAUAUUACAACAAACUGGGCCCAGAUCUCUCCCCAGUGGGCAAGGUAAUCGCCAAAGAAUUCCGUGAUCCUUCUCGAGGCGCCUUUGAUCUUACUCCUGCGGACAAGGUGGAUUGGGAGGGUGGUUUUGCCCCGACCCACAGGUUUGAAUUCCUCGUUGAGCCGUCUCUGCUUGCUCAUAUGGUUCCCGGCAUGAAGAUCAUCUCGUCUGUCUUUGAGACCAACUUCGGCAUGUACUAUUUUGACCAGAUCCUUUCUGCCUUGCCAUCAUUCUACAAGUUCCUUCAUAAUGACUGGAUGAUGGAGUACAAAGAGCCCCAGGCUGUUGACUUUAUUCCUGACGAGGACGAGGUCGCACGUCGUUGCGCUCAGGACUCGGUCCUCCAGCCUCCUGAGCCUACACCGGCCGAGUGGGCUUUGCAUAUGCUAACUCGAGAGUUGGAAUUCCCUGUGGGACCCAACGACAACCUCAUGGAUGCGGUUAUGCAACAGAUCAAUUGUCUUGAGAGCUUCGGCUGGGACACGCAGGAGCUUCAGGAGCUUUGUGGCCUGGUGAAGCAGCGGGGCAACGGAGAGUCGGCCACAAAGGAUCCGAUGGCGAAGGAAAAUAAAGCGACCAAGGAGGGCUUGUCGACCAAGGAGGACUUGUCGACCAAGGAGGACUUGUCGACCAAGGAGGACUUGUCGACCAAGGAGGGCUUGUCGACCAAGGAGGACUUGUCGACCAAGGAGGGCUUGUCGACCAAGGUCGAUUCCUCCAUCGAAGUGGAAGACACGGCUAAGGACAAGCAAGCUGCCAGCGAUGAGCAGCCGAGCGAGCCGUCUGUCGAAGAAAUUAGCAAGCUGUCGCUCGAGGAUUCCUUGACCAAGGUGGAGGAGAUGGCCAAGGGCAAACAAGCUGCCAGUGAUGAACAGCAGCGCCAGUUCUCUGUCGGAAAUUCUCCCGAGUUGUCUUACGAUUCUCUUUUCGGGGAUCGGGAUACCAUCAAGCCAGUACUUACACCUGAGAUAAUCAAGGCAUUCCGUGACCAGAAGUUGGAGGAACUGGCCAAGAAGGGGAAGUUCAGUAGUCAGUUUCUCGAUGAGACCCCGAGACAGCGUCUCGAUCGCCUCAUUGAGGAUUUCCAUAAUCCGAAGAGAAUUAACAUGAGCCUCAGUCCCGAAAUGAAGGAAGCGUUCCGGAGGGGUCACAAUCCUUCACCUGAACGAUGGCGUGCCGUCCCGGAUUGGCACUUGCCCUUGGCGUAUCACCUAGCCGAGCGUGAAAACAGCCAUGAAUCCUUGAAGUUGGGAAUCAAGAGAUGGCGAGAACAACUCCGUUUGAGAAUAAUCAAUCGGGGAGUACGAUUCUCGGGCUUGCCUAAGAAACAGCAGCCAAAGAAGAAGAUGCAGCGUCGGAUGCUCAAGCGGAAGAUGGAAAGGCGCCAAGUUCAUUCGGAGUAA